AUGGUCCGCUCUACUAUCAUUGUCAGGGCCUCAGACGCCCUACCCCUUGCGGCCAGCGUCGACGACGAGCAGACAGAACAAACUUUGCAAGAGCACAAGCAACAGGCUAAACUCAUCUUCCGACGAAUAACACCGAAUGCUGAACCGUGUUGCUCGAUAGAGAGUGGUCCCUACUCCCUGCACUAUCUCAUUUCAGACAAUGUCGUCUUUCUCACUAUUGCAGACAAGUCAUACCCACGAAAGCUCGCCUUUUCCUACUUGGACGAAUUGUCCAAAGAAUUCGCGAACACGUACGGUCCAAAGGUGGAGACAGUCAGAAAACCGUAUGCUUUCGUAGGCUUUGAUACUUUCAUGUCUAAAACUGCCAGACUAUAUCGCGAUUCGCGAACGGCCAACGCCGCUAGUUCUAAUCUCGACAAACUCAACGACGACCUUCAAGAUGUCACCAGAAUCAUGACUAAAAACAUGGAAGAAUUAUUGUGGAGAGGAGACUCUCUUGAUAGAAUGUCCCAGUUAUCGACAUCACUAAAGUCCGAUUCAGAAAAGUAUCGAAAAGCUGCGCGGAACAUAAAUUUCAACGCAAUGCUUAGGCAAUCGACCUCUCCAUUCGGGCCACCAUUGCUGGACAGAAGCUACGAUUCGCAACAACCUCAACCUGCAACAUCGGGACAAGUACCUCCUGGAGCAUUUAUUGUGGUCUGCAACCCUGGCCCAGAUGGACGACCAACAUAUCAACAACACAAGUCUGUGUUUGCUAGCUAUCAAACGGUUAGUGGAGUCCUAAGUGGAAUACAGUGGGUCCCCAGCGAGGCUCCAAGCUUUAUCCCUCCAUCUGGAUCUCAUCAUGUUAUCGUGACUGGACAUGACCCAAAUAUUUGGGCACAAACUUAUUUAAAUGCUGUUGUGGAUUGGCAACGCUCAGAUGCGAAGAAAAGGAAACAAGGAGACAAAGAGGCUAAUCGAUAUCGUGAACAAGAUGGCCGGAACAGUUAUGAUUAUGAUCGCGUAUCUCGCGAACUGGAUCCCUAUGGCUCCAAAGGCCGGGAGCGUAGCAGGAGUUUUAGUGCAGGAGGCGCCACUGCACCUGCUUCUAUUCCAUUCCCUGGUCAAGGGCCAACUUCAGGAUACCCAACCCACCCAAGCGUAGCAGCGAAUGGAUAUCCUACCAACCCAUACGGCAGCUAUGGAACGCCAAUUGGACCGCCACCACCGCCUGUGAUCCCUUCUGGAUACCCUACUCCAUACUCAACCCACACCAGGAGCCGCAGUGGUUCUUUUGUUGACCUUACUAGGCAAAUGAAAGAUAUGGAACUUGACCGUAACAAAGAAUAUUCAGAAGCGCGUAGCCGCAAAUCAAGCGCUGCAAGUCGUCGUGAUCGUGAUCGUGAUCGCGAGUACAACACAAGCGAAAGUACGUACGAGCGGGCUCGUACAAUCAGCGGUGGUUAUCCCGACCGCUCGAACCCCAAUUCAUACCCGCCUGUAUCCGGGGUCUAUCCAGCAUCAGUGCAACCUUAUGGUGUGCCGCAAACACAAGGCAAAUAUCCUCCUGACCCCUAUUCGCAAGGCUCUCGAUAUGCUGUCCCUUCGCCAAACAUGCGCCCAUUGGAUAUAUCAUCUUCUUAUGGUGCAGUCAACUCCGGAGGCUAUGCUGGGAGUGAUUAUUCAAUUGCCCCUUCGCGUACCUCUGGAGAUGGUGCUCUGCGUUCUACGACGCCAUUUGGAAAUCCUUCAACUCAGGUCUAUCCUCGUGGCCACAUUCUCGAGGGACAACCGAUCAUUAAUGGUGUAGCGCCUCUGCCCCGAUCACGAGCGCCUUCUCGAGCUGCUUCUUCCCGAGCACCUUCCCCCUCUGCGAUAGGAAAACCGUCUUCUUACCCCAGUAAAUCCCCCCAUAUACCCCUCGCAUCAAUUCCUCCAGAGCCUCAGCAAUUGGCGGCUCCAGAAGCAUUUUCCCGUCCUAUCAAUGCAUCCAAUACGUUCGCACCUUUCGAGAUGAUAAAGGUGGAAGAUAUGGACGACAUUUGUGAUCCACCAUAUCCAAAAAUGCCACCGGUUUUGACAACUCAUGAUAUAUACCAUGAUGACUGGAAACGAUGUAUGCAGGACUUGGGACGUGCUUGGACGGGUCAACUCCCUGUGCCAUCUUUAAAACAGAAUGGAUUGCCCCCCAGAAAAUCCACACUUGCAGUGGAUUUAAUCUCAUUGUGGAAUCAAUCCUUUUUCUAUCCUCGCGGAGUAGAAUUACUCCUCUAUAAAGGACGUGAAAGGCGUACUGGUCCACAAGCAGGCUUUGCGACCGUCCGUCUCCCUAAGUAUGAUGACACAGCCGAUUCAUCAUCAUCAUCCUCAGAUUCGUCUUCGGAUUCGGAAGAUUCUGGUUACAGAAAGAGAAUGGUGGAUCCUUAUGGGCGACCUUUAAUGGGUCAAGCAGAGAUGGAAACUAGGCGCCGACGGGAAGAAAAAUAUGAGGAGAAGAGGCGCCGUAAGGAAAAAAAAGCAAGAAAAAAGGCCAAGGCCCGAGAAAAAAUAUAUACCAUAUAUAUUGCGUGCUUGCCUCAAGGACCGACUGCCAUUCCUCUUGCUAAUCGGGCAUUUGGAGCUGGUUCAGCCGUUUCUGCGGGAUAUUCCACUUCCGCAUAUGGUCCCAGUGCUACACCUGCUUAUGGUACACCCGCUAGUAUCACUUCUGGCUACGGCGCACCCAGCGCUACCUCCGUUUAUGGUCCGCCGAAUGCAAAUUCUGUUUAUGGUGUACCCAAUGCUAACACCAGUGUUGCAUAUGGUACGCCAGGUGGAACUUACAAUGCAUCCAAUGGUCCUGCGUAUGGUAUAACUAGCUCAGGGUCCGCUUACGGGGUGCCUGCGAAUGCUCCUGGAUAUGGUGUUUCUGGCGCCACUCCCGCAUACGGUGCGCCUGUUGCCAAUCCUGCGUAUGGGGUACCCGUGGGGAUCCCCACCACUCGCAGUUAUGGAUAUGGAGGAGGGUAUUGA